GAUGGCGUUCUUGGCAAUUUUCCCGUUUCGCGGCAGACUGGCAAGCCUGCUUAUAUCACCAGCGUCGUUUUCGUCGCCAUGACCGAUGCGAGAUGGGCCACAUCCAGGCCCAGCCUGGCAGAACCUGCGCGCAGCCACGCAGCAACUGCAGAGGCUUCCCACCAGGUUGUGGCCCCAGAGCUUGCAACUGCUCGAGGAGUUGAAGCAAAAGCAACUGCAGCCUGACUCAUUUGUUUGUUCAUCCUCCACUGCAUCAUUGGGCCGUGCGCGCGCUUGGCGCUGGGCACUGGAACUCCUGGAGCACGCGGUGAAGGGCGCGACCGACGAGCUCGGCGCGACGAAUGGCGCACCGCCCGACAUCGUUUGCCUCAAUGCGGCUGCAGCAUCUUCGGUGAACGCCAACGCGUGGCCUCAAGGCAUUGAACUCUUUGAGUUGGCCAGACGCACCGCUUUGCAACCUGACUCGGAGACCGCGCGGAGCUUGAUCAGUCUGAAGACUGCCUGGGCUGGGGCACUACAGGUCGUCUCGGCGAUGUCCAUCUCCGAUCGCCUCCCACACCUCACUGCGGUGAUCGAAAGCUUCGGCACAGCGCAGUGGCCGAUUGCUCUAGUGCUCUUCAACCACGUCCAGCAGUUGAUGCUCGCAUCGCGGGCCUUUGUGGAAGCGAUCCUGAAGACCAACUGCUGGUCCAGAAAUCUACACUUGCUGACCCAAGCCGUCCCAAAUCAAGUGCAAGACGCAGCACUUCAUCGUCAUGUCCUACUUUCGUGCUUACGGAGUGGCAAGCUGAAGGUAGCACUGAGGCUUUUGGAACGCUGUGAUUCCCGGGGUCUCCAGCCGACCGUCGCCAUGCGUGGUGCCUUUGUGGCAGCAUGUGAGAACACUGGCCGGUGGAGAGAGGCCUUGGCAGCCGUGCGGAUGGGUCUUCCUGACCGGGCCAUGUGCAACUCACUGCUGUGCAUGUGCCGAAGGCGGAGCGCUUGGGAGCGGAGCUUACGUCUUCUUUCUGGCGCCUCUUUGAGUCUAUCGUUGAGCCUCUUGGGCCGCGCCAAGCGGUGCGGAUGGGCCCUGGGCCUCGCGUUGUUCGGACAGCGUGCGGCGAGGGCGGACCGGGCAGACGGUGCAGCAUGGGAUGCGGCCAUCGAUAGUGCGGGCGCCGACGGCACUGGCUGGAAAGUGGCUUUGGAAUUGUUGAGGACGAAGCCCACGAUCUCCCUCCACGGCUACGGUGCGGCCAUGGCUGCGCUGGGACUGCACGGCUCGCGGCACUGGAGACGUUGCACGGACCUGCUGGGGGAAGUCCCAUCGACCGGUCUGCGCUUAAACGCCAUCACCCUGAGCACAGUCCUGGCAUCUGUCCAAGAGUUCCGACACUGGGAGUGGGCCAGCGAGAUGAUGUCAGCGAUGAGACUCCAGUGGCUGGAGGUGAACAGCUAUUGCUUCAAUGCUUUGGUGGCCUGUUCAGAGAAGGCGAAGGCUUGGCGCUUUGCCUUGCAGACCAUGAGGUGCAUGGAGUCCUGGGCGGUGCCCGCGGACCGCUAUUCGGCCGCCUCCUCCAUCUCCUCCUGCGAAAAAGCUCAGCAGUGGCUAUGGGCCAUUUGGCUCUUCCACACGGCGCCGGCAUCAGCCGAGGAGGUCGAGGCCGAGACGUUGACCUCAGCGAUCCAGCACACGGCCGUGCUGAGCGGCGUCCGCGGGGCUCCGUGGCGUUGGGCCCUCGACUUCUUGGAGAAAGACGUUCCGCCCGAGCUGAGCGAGGUGUUGACCAUUGACGCCACGCUCCAUUUGCUCACCUCCACCACCCACAGCUCUCAUUCCUUCCGGAAGGCCCGACGAUUUUUGCAGGAGCUCCAUUGGCCAGGCCUGCGACGAGGCGCCGCCGUGCAGCGCCUGCCGGCGCGUGUGGAGCUUCGAGAAGCCUUGAUGGCGGCUGAACUGCUGGAGGAGUGUGAUGCGCUGACUGCGGAAGAUGCGAGGUCUUUCUCACGAUUCUACGGGCGCUUCAACCUGGCUCGCCUGGAUGAACAGUGCCCUGCAGCACUCCCAAGCUGGCACUUGAAGUCGUCUUUGCAGUCAAGGCUUCUGUUCUCAGAAGGCGUCCUUGAUCUGCGAGUUUCAAGCGCGGACGGUGCAAGAGAGCCAAUUUGGAAGCCCAUGGGUUGCUCAGACACGCGCAGCCUGAGUUGGCGAUCACCAGGUCAAGUCACUGCACAACUCGUGGCCUGUUGGACUUCCGUGUUUAUCCCGACGACUGGUCACUGGAGGAAGGUGAUGGGCCACUGCGAGGACGGAGAAGAUGAGAGGUUGGCUGCUGUUUCAGGAGAAGGCCGACGAGGCCCACAUGCAGAGCGGCAAGCUUUGAUCCGCAUCCUGCAAGAGCUGGGCGGUGACAAUCUCAAGAAGCGGAAGCGUGGCUGAGAUUGUGAAGCAACGUCAUGCCGAGUUAUACUCAAGAAGAACCAGAAGGCAAAACAACCAAAAGUCACUGACAGUACCAAAGGUGACCAUCCGGCGCUGAUUUUGGCCGAAAGGAUGUUGACGUGAUGUUGGAUGACAUCCUGUGGUGAUGUGGAGCUCUGGCAAUUCAGAUCAUCUAUGUGCUGAAAAAGGAAAGCUUGCGGUCAUUGCACUCCAGCUCUUCAAAUGAACACCGUUAACGUCUUCCAAUCGACGCCACAUGCACAGUGCGUGCAUGCGCACGGGCAUCUUCACACACCGGAUGCCACGCAGAAGGUUCCGGCAUGUCGUGUUGGCCAUGCAGUUCACCCGUUUUUACCAUGUGGAACUUCAUGGGCGCUCGGUUCUUGCGAGGCCAAAAGGCUCCUGACUGACUUGGCG